CAGCAUCACACCACCAUGAAAAUAUGCAAAAAGUAUCUCUCAGAAGUAAAAGCGUUCCAUUCUGGAAAAGCACUUGAGAGACAGUUCAUUAGCUCUUUAUUUUCACCAACCUAAUUGACAUUCCCCACUACUUUAUUUAUUAUAUUCUGCUGUCAUCUGGAGUGGUAAGCAAAUUUUCUGAGUUGUCCAUACUAGGAACUGUCACCCAUUGGUAGGAGUCCUCUGGGAAGGGUCCUUCCUCCAUCUACCAUGUGUGUGUACAGAUGAAGUUGAUUCAGAUCUUCAGGGUAUCUGCAAUAAGUCAUCUCCUAAUACAGAAUAUCACCUGAGGCCAGUUCUUACUUAUUAUUUCUAUUUCAGAGCACCUCAAGACACACAUUGGUUGAUGAAACAACACAAAGCAAAGCUGGAGGCUGUGCCAAGUAGUUCAUAACCAUGGAGGAAAACUUGGCAGAGGAGCAGAGAAAGGAAGGGAGGAAUUAAUGGUAUCAGAAGUACUGUUCAUCUUCAGAGAGAUUCCCAGGAUGUAAGAAAUCAAGUGCUGUGAGUGUUAUGCAGCUGACAGGUCUGCUGGUGAAGCUGAGGGUCACAGCCAGGGCAGAAACUCUUUAAACAAAACAGAGUCAAAUAAUCAGGGAAGUUUGGAGCUGUUUGCAAGAUCUGCUGAGUUGGUUGCUCACCCUGUCAAAAAAAGCCACCAUCUGGGACAGCAGCACACUGCCAGCAGCUGCCAUGGCCAGCAAGAGAAAGUCCACAACUCCCUGUAUGGUGCGAACCUCUGAAGUUGUGGAGCAGGAAGGUGCCGAGGGCACAGAGACUCCUAAGGACAAGGGGACUGGGGCAUCACAGCAGGACUCCAAAAAAAACUGGCCUUCAGAAAACUCAGUCAAAGACUGCGAGGUGGUGGAGGCGAAGCCCGCGGGUGAAAAUCAGUCUAAGAAACCCCAGGGUGGUUAUGAGUGUAAGUACUGCCCUUACUCGACACAAAACCUAAAUGAAUUCACAGAGCACGUUGACACCCAGCAUCCAAAUGUCAUUCUCAACCCCCUGUAUGUCUGUGCUGAAUGCAACUUCACAACCAAAAAAUACGAUUCUUUAUCUGACCACAACACAAAAUACCACCCGGGAGAGACUAACUUUAAACUGAAAUUAAUUAAACGCAAUAAUCAGACCGUCCUAGAGCAGUCCAUCGAGGCUGCCACCAACGAUGUCACUGUCACAAGCAGUGGGCUGGAAAAUGCAGAGUGUGACGAUUCACUUCAUGGGGGAAUCAGCACAAAUAAAGCACCCGUGAUGAAGCUGGGAAAGCCUAAAGGGGAAGCCAAGAAGGGAUCUAAAAAGCCAGAGGAGGGAGUUACAGAAAACCACGUGGAUGGCGCUCUGCCCCGCAUCAUCACUGAGGCCACUGAAGCUAUUGCUUGUAUAAAUGGAGAACUCCUCCAUGAUGUGUUAGCCCAUGUUAUGCCCUCUGUACAGCUGCCACCAAAUAUCAACCUUGUCCCCAAGGUCCCAGUCCCUCUGAACAGUACCAAAUACAACUCUGCACUGGACACUAAUGCAACCAUGAUCAACUCCUUUAAUAAGUUUCCUUACCCAACACAAGCAGAGCUGUCAUGGUUGACGGCAGCGUCGAAGCAUCCCGAAGAACAAAUCCGAAUCUGGUUUGCUACGCAGCGCUUGAAGCAUGGUAUAAGUUGGUCUCCUGAAGAAGUGGAGGAGGCAAGGAAGAAGAUGUUCAAUGGUACUAUCCAGGCAGUUCCCCAGACCAUCACCGUCCUGCCAGCUCCUUUGGCAACUGCAAAAAUGCCACAGCCCAUCAUCCAGACAGCUUUGCCUUGUCAGAUACUGGGCCAGACUGGCCUGGUUUUGACUCCUGUGUCAAAUGGUUCUACUGUGUCCUGUUCACCAAUUACCCUUGCUGUUGCCCCAAACCAGGGCCAAAAGAGGACAAUACAGACCUUAUCAAGUGCCCCAGAGGCCAAGCGUCCUCAUGUAGUUCAGGUGCCUGAGAUUCCUGCCAAGGUGACUGCUGUUCCAGUGACCCCAGCCAGUGAGAGGAAAAAGACCAAGGAGCAGAUAGCAGAGCUGAAGGCCAGUUUCAUGGCAAGCCAGUUUCCUGAUGAUGCAGAAGUCUACCGGCUUAUAGAGGCAACAGGUCUUUCCAGGAGUGAGAUCAAAAAGUGGUUCAGUGACCACAGGUACAGAAGUCAGAGGGGCAUUGUGCAAAUUCCUGGUGAUGCUUUAGGGAAAGAUCAAAUAGCACCUUCAGCUGCUCGACAUGGCCGGUCAUUUCACCCGUACACAGAUCUUACUCCCCAGAGAUUCAAGGAGAAAACUCAAGAGCAGCUUAGGACCCUUGAGGAGAGUUUCUUAAAAUGCUCUUUUCCUACCCAGGGAGAGUUGGACAGGCUUCGAGUGGAGACUAAGCUGAGUAGAAGGGAAAUAGAUUCAUGGUUCUCUGAGCGGAGAAAGAUAAGGGACAGCAUGGAGCAAGCUGUCCUGGACUCAAUGGGAUCAUACAGAAAAAUUAAGGAUCAAGGAACUCCCAAUGGUGCAAUAAGCCAGGCAGAACUUCUGACUGGCUCUCAGCUGCCUGGUGCUUUAUCUGGGUCCUCCACCACAUUGAAGAAAACACAAGAGCAAAUUCACCUAUUGAAAAGCACAUUUGCAAGGACCCAGUGGCCAUCACCCCAGGAGUAUGACCAGCUGGCAUCUCAGACUGGGCUCACGAGAACUGAAAUCGUUCGCUGGUUCAAGGAAAACCGGUCUUCACUGAGAACAGGGUCACUUAAAUGGAUUGACCAGUACCAGCAGCAGUGUGCUGGUGAUGGUCAUAACAAACAAAGCCAGAAAAAGAGCUCAAAACACAUUGAGAGUCCAAAGAAUGGUAAUGAAGUGUCUCGGCAGCAUUACCAGGAGCAUAAAAAACUGAAUGAAGAGAAUGGGGGGAAACCAGUGGUGAGAGCAAAAAGAGACUGUGAGCCACUGAAGGACUCUUUGUUGGGGAAUCAGGCAGAGGGGGUGGACAGGCUGGAGUGCAGCAACAGCCACGAUGGCCAUGGCAGUGAGGAGAACGAGGAGCCAGCGGAGGUGAACUGGGUGGAGGUGACAGUGGGCGAGGACGAUGCUGCCUCGGACUGUACGGACAGCUGGAGCCAAACAGCCCCUACGGAGGGCCACACAGAGCUGCCAGACUUGGACUCUGAAAGUAUAUCUGGAGACAAUUCCCACGUAUAGACAGGGGUACUCCUCAGCUGCACUGUCCUGAUGUUGAAGGGGAAAUGCUCUCUGAAAAUAGAAGACAACUCUAUUUUCCUGCCUGGGUGAGAGUGUGUGUUGUGACUCCAAGUCUCAAACCCCGCUUGUGGAGGCACGGUGAGAAGAAAUAUUCUCAUGGAGCAUCACCAUGGAAUUGUUGAUAGUGCCAAAGUCCUACUACUGCAUUACAAAAGAGAAGAAAGAAGGAGGAAAGGGUCCUUGUACAUAGUUUUCUCUUAGUUUCUCUCCCACCCACUUUCCUGCCCUGCCUCUUCCUCUACUGGAACAGAUUUGUACAACAUAAAAAUUUUGUUAAUUUUUUUAAUAGGUGCAAGUUAUUCUUGCAUAUAAUGCAAUUGAGAAAUUUUGGGGUUGGUUGUGGGGAGGGAAGUGUCUUUUGUGGAGGAGGGAGAUUUUUUUUUUCCUGAAGUGUUUUAAGAAAGAGUUGCAAUCUUUUGGAGUUGUCUUGGUGCAGAUCAACACCUGAGCCCAGAUGCCCACUCCAGUUUACAUUUCAGACCAGCUAAACAUGUUCUGGAGCAGUGGGGUUUGUUUUUUUGUUUUUUUCUCUUGUUGUUUUGACUUUUUUGUUUUGUUCUAUGGCCACCUGCUACUGAUUGAAAUAUUUAAAUCUCUGCUUUUCCAUGCUCCUACAAGGCAAGUCUUCUCCAGCUCCUGUACUUCACUUUUCACCAGCCAGCCCCAGCUGUGGGUCUCUGAAGAUUUGGCUAGAACGCCUUUUUUUGAUCCUUGGUUUGGUUUUGGGGGUUUUUUUAGCACUUUUUGUUUAAACAUGCAUUACAACUCCCAGAGGGCUUGGAAUGAGGAAAUGAAGAUGCUUCAUAAUCCAAAUUUAUUUGUGUUUCUUUGGCUGGUACAGUGAUGGACACCAUAACCAGCAGCUGCCCUCCAGCUUUAGACGUUGUAGCGCACAACAGAAGUUUCUUAUUAACCCUUGCCACUAAAUUUUUAGAUCACUCUUAGGUUCCUGAGUGCACUUUUUUUCAAAUACUGCUAAUUUGGAUUUGUGUGGGGAUGUCUGUCUGUGCAUGUGUGAGGAGGGAGCGGAGGGGAGCAGGAGCCUGGGUGCAAGAGCUGCCCAGUGCGUUCCUCUGAGGCGCUGGGGUUGGAGAACUUGCCCGCCCUUCAGUGUGCUGCACAAACAGGAUGCUAGGGAGUUUGAAUAAAUCCAACUUUUCUAACUUGUUGCUCAUUUGUUGUAACUCAAUAAAACAAAGGCUAAAAAUUUUGGUAACUUUUUUCUCAACUCUUUUGUUUUACUCU